ACCCCGAAACGCAUCGUCCUGGACACGCCUCCUCCUGCCCUUCCCCCGGACGCGUUGAGCUUGGAGUUGGAGAAGCUGGAGUUGGCCUAUCCUACGUCUCGGCAGAAGCCGGCUCCGGCGACCGGCCCGGUGAAGCCGCAGUCUUUGCCGACCACAACCCAACAGAAGAGAGAAGAGCCGGCGCCAGGCAAACAGAACGGGUACAAUGGAAGGUCGGAGGGCACAGAGACGUGCGCGUUCUGUCACAAGGCCAUCCUGCCCAGCACCGCCACCAUCGAGGCCAUGAAGAAGCACUACCAUGCCGGCUGCUUCACCUGCCGCAAGUGUCACCGACUCCUGGCCGGGCAGAUGUACUACCAGAAAGAUGGACAGCCCAUCUGUGAGCAUUGCCAUAAGGACACGCUGGAGAAAUGCGCCACCUGCCAGACUCUGAUCGUGCAGCACAUAGUGCGAGCCAUGGGGGACAGCUACCACCCGGAGUGCUUCCGCUGCGUGGUGUGUCACCGGACCAUCGCCGACGAGAGCUUCGCCGUGGACGAGUACAACCACGUUCACUGCGCGGAGGACUACUACAGGAAGUACGCGCCCAUCUGCAGCGUGUGUGACCAGCCCAUCAUCCCCAAGGACGAACAUGACUCCUAUAAGAUUGAAUGCAUCGGGCGCAGCUUCCACGAGGAUUGUUACCGCUGUGAGAGUUGUCAUCUUUCUCGAUCCCUCGAUCCGACAGAAAGCGGCUGCUACCCGCUGAACGGCCAUAUACUCUGCAAGUCGUGUCACCUGUCGUGGAAUGAUGAGCUGUCCUAAGCGUGGGACCCGUCCCUGACCUUCCUCCCCCGAUACACCGA